AAUCAAACACUAGUUGGCUUUUGUGUUGUAACUUGAACUGUCUUGCUGGCAUCUGCAAGCCACCAUCAUUACAUUACAUCCUCAACAUUUGUCUUAACAAAAAAGCAAUAAAAAAAGCUCAAAAAGAAUACACACAUACUACUAUACUUCUAUUUAAUUCCACACUAAAAAAGAAAAGACAAGAAGGUUUAGAAAAUAGAAAAAGAGAAAAAGAAAAAUUAAAAAGAAGAUAAAAUAAAGAGAAAGUGUGAGACAGACACUGAGAUUCAUUACAACACAAAAAACCCGGUUUCAACGGGUCAAAUCAUUAACUCUUCCAAAAAUUUACAAAACCACACACAGGUUUCUGUCAUUCAUCUUCUUCCUUCUUCACACUUUCUCUUUCAAUCUCUCAAGAACAAUGCUUUCCUCAGAUCCUGGUUGUUGAUAGCAUGCAUAAAGAGAAAUCGGCUACUUGUAAAACAAUGUGUAAACUUUGAUGAUUUAAGGGGGAAAAAAGUUGAAGAUCAUGGAAGAAAUACAGUCUCAAUCAGAUAAUUAUAGGUCUUCAUCAUCAUCGGCUAGUAGUCCGGCGAGUAGGGUACCGUCAAGCAACUUUUUCUAUCUGCGUAAACCGGGUUCACUAAGGCAACCCAUCUCAUUUGAGGAUUCACCUGAAUGGGACGAUACUACUACUGAUAUUGACGUUAGAGUUGAUGAAGGAGGUGACUCUAUUAAUGCUGCAACAACACCGGCUUCACCCUCUCUCUCGAAGCUCAACAGUGGCUCCUUGCCUUCCCCGCAUCUACCGGAGGGUGCAAUUAUUCCACGCAAAAUUGCCGGGGCAUCUGUUGCCUGGAAAGAUUUGACUGUUACUAUAAAGGGAAAAAGGAAGUAUUCUGAUAAGGUUAUUAAGAGUUCAACCGGUUAUGCAUUACCUGGAACACUGACUGUAAUUAUGGGACCGGCUAAAUCAGGGAAAUCUACCUUAUUACGAGCAAUUGCAGGAAGAUUGCUUCCUUCAGACAGGAUGUAUGGUGAAGUAUUUGUGAAUGGAGCCAAAUCGCAAAUGCCCUAUGGAUCAUAUGGUUACGUGGAUAGAGAAACCACUCUGAUUGGAUCCCUCACAGUGCGCGAGUUUCUGUAUUAUUCAGCCUUGCUGCAACUUCCCGGUUUCUUUUGUCAGAAAAAGAGUGUAGUAGAGGAUGCUAUACACGCAAUGUCUUUAGGUGAACAUGCAAAUAAACUUAUAGGUGGGCAUUGUUAUAUGAAGGGACUUCCUAGUGGGGAGAGAAGGCUUGUUAGCAUCGCCAGGGAGCUUGUGAUGAGACCGCGCAUUUUAUUUCUAGAUGAACCUCUUUAUCAUUUGGACAGUGUCUCGGCACUUUUGAUGAUGGUUACGUUGAGGAGACUUGCAAGCACCGGUUGCACUCUUAUCUUAACCAUCUACCAGAGCAGCACAGAAGUCUUUGGUCUUUUUGACCGUAUUUGUCUUCUUUCAAAUGGAAAUACGUUGUUCUUCGGAGAAACAUUAGCUUGCUUGCAGCACUUCUCGAAUGCCGGAUUUCCUUGUCCUAUCAUGCAAAGUCCUUCUGAUCACUUUCUACGCGCAAUUAAUACAGAUUUUGACAGGAUAAUUGCAAUGUGCAAAAACUGGCAGGAUGAUAAUGGAGAUUUUUCUUCCGUAAACAUGGACACUGCUGUUGCUAUACGCACACUUGAAGCAACUUAUAAGUCAUCUGCAGAUGCUGCUUCUGUUGAAACAAUGAUUCUGAAACUCACCGAGAAGGAAGGUCCAGCUCUCAAAAGCAAAGGGAAAGCUAGUAAUGCUACUCGGGUAGCGGUUUUGACGUGGAGAUCUUUAUUAGUUGUGUCGAGGGAAUGGAAAUAUUACUGGCUGCAUCUUAUUCUUUACAUGCUCCUCACAUUAUGCAUUGGUACUGUAUUUUCUGGUCUAGGGCAUUCUCUAUCUUCUGUUGUGACAAGAGUUGCAGCAAUUUUUGUAUUUGUAUCGUUCUGUUCCCUUCUGAGCAUUGCUAGGGUGCCUGCACUUAUGAAAGAAAUCAAGAUAUAUGCGUGUGAAGAAUCAAACCAGCAUUCAAGUACAUUUGUAUUUUUGCUUGCUCAGCUCUUGUCCAGCAUCCCGUUUCUUUUUCUCAUCUCCAUUACGUCCAGUCUAGUCUUCUACUUCCUAGUAGGGCUGGAAGAUCAGUUCAGCUUGUUAAUGUACUUUGUGCUAAAUUUUUUCGUAACUCUGUUACUGAAUGAAGGAAUUAUGUUAGUUGUGGCUACUUUGUGGCAAGAUGUUUUCUGGAGUGUCUUGACACUCUUAUGCAUACAUGUGGUCAUGAUGCUUUCGGCCGGCUAUUUUAGAAUUCGAAGCUCUUUGCCAGGUCCAUUGUGGAUGUAUCCAAUGUCCUAUAUAGCCUUUCAUACAUACUCUAUUCAGGGGCUAUUGGAGAAUGAGUACCUAGGAAACUCCUUUGCAGUUGGACAGGUAAGGUCCAUAUCCGGGUUUCAAGCUCUUCAAAGUGUGUACAAUAUCUCCCCCGACAUUAAUUCGAAGUGGAAAAAUCUGUUGGUUUUGUUUCUUAUGGCGAUAGGUUAUCGAAUUUUUGUGUUCAUUUUAUUAUUUUUAUUUGUAGGGAGAAAAAUAUCCCUAAAGAGUUUCAAGUGUAUUAAUAGGGAUAGAACAGAUACAAGUUGAUAGGAACAACAUUUGUUUAGUCAUUUUACAUUAUAUAAUUCCUUUUGGUUGAGUUUUGGCUGUGAACUCUAGUUUUGUGAAUUUAUCAUUAGACUAAUGAAGAGGAAAUAUGAGAUUUAUUUGAUAUAUCUCUUGAUUUUAGUGCA